AUGAAACACUUAUUUAAUACAUUUAUUAAUUUUGAUGCACCUAUGCCUUGAGGUAUUUAUUUCCAAGACAGUGCUACUCCACAAAUGGAAGGAUUAGUGGAACUUCAUGAUAAUAUUAUGUACUAUUUAGUUUUAAUUUUAUUUGCUGUAGGAUGAAUAUUAUUUUCUAUAAUAAAAAAUUUUGCCUCAACUAAAACACAAAUAUCACAUAAAUACUUAAAUCACGGUACAUUAAUCGAAUUAAUAUGAACUAUAACUCCUGCAGUUAUAUUAAUAUUAAUAGCCUUCCCUUCUUUCAAAUUGUUAUAUUUGAUGGAUGAAGUUAAUGACCCCUCUAUGACUAUUUUAGCUGAAGGUCAUCAAUGAUACUGAAGUUACCAAUAUCCUGAUUUCAUAGAUUCAAAUGAAGAAUUUAUAGAAUUUGAUUCUUAUAUAGUACCAGAUUCUGAUUUAGAAGAUGGAGGAUUAAGAAUGUUAGAGGUUGAUAAUAGAGUAAUAGUUCCUGAAUUAACACAUAUAAGAUUUGUAAUAACAUCUGGUGAUGUUAUACAUUCUUUUGCUUGUCCAUCUUUAGGUAUAAAAUGUGAUGCUUAUCCAGGUAGAUUAAACCAAGUAUCCGUUUUCAUAAAUAGAGAAGGAGUAUUCUAUGGGCAAUGUUCAGAAAUAUGUGGUAUUCUUCAUAGUUCUAUGCCUAUAGUUAUAGAAUCUGUAAAUAUAGAUAAAUUUGUGCAUUGACUAUAUUCAGUUUAA